AUGAUGUCGGUCAUCGUGCGCGUGGCCGGCCUGUUCGGACUGAUGGUGUCGGAGCCAAAGACAGAGAUCAUGUGCAUGCUGCCAAAAGGGAUCGAGGAACACCCGUUCACGGUCAGCGCCGCCGGCCAGACGUACAAGCAGACAGAUCGGUUUGUGUACCUCGGACGUACCAUCUCCGCGGACGGGAAGGCCGACCGGGAGAUCACGAGCCGCAGCUGCCGAGCGUGGAAGUGCUACCGCCGGAACAGUGCUUCGAUGUACGACAGGCGACGGGCCAACCGCCAGCUCAAGAUCCGGCUUCUCCAGGCUGAAGUGGUGGAGACUCUCCUGUAUGGGUGCGCCUCGUGGAGCCUAACAGUGGAGCACUACACGAAGCUCACUGGGACCCACCGCCAGUUCCUUACACGGUGCAUCGGCUGGAGCAAGCGGAAACGCUCAGACCGCCCCCUGUCCUAUGCCCAGGCCCUCAUCCAGGCAGGCUGCGAGGAAACCAUCGAGGCCACCGUGCGCAAACGGAGACUGUGUUUCGCGGGCUUUGUUAUGUGCAUGGAGGACAGCCGCCUCCCCAAGCGCAUGCUGUUAGGAGCGAUGGCGGGGGGCGUGGGAUACCGGGGCGGGCAGGAGAGCGACUGGGUGUCUCGUCUAGGAGAGGACCUCGUGGCCUUCAACAUGGGAGACGAAAAGGAAGGGGGGAAAUGGAAAAAGAGCGUCAAGGACCCGGAGGUGUGGUACAACAAGGUCGAGGACGGGGCGGCAUGGUUCAUGAGGAAAUGGCACAUGCAGGAGGCGGAAGCGUCCGCGAAGCGCCAGCGCGCGAGGGAAGCAGAAGCAGAGAGCUUGGGGCGCGGCAGUGCAGCCAGUUCUUCCAAGCCACGCAGCCGCGGUUUUCGACCAAAACCGAAGAAGGCCGUUCCUGCCGCAGCUGCCAGCGUCGGUGGUGCUGGUGGGGACGUGCAGCGCUCCAUCAACUCUGGGCCGAUUGCCCCGCCGCCCACACCAAAGCCGGACCCGGCUACCGCAGCACCCGCCAUCGGCGCAGGAAUCGGCAGACCGGGGGUGCCCAAGCCGUCCAGCAGCAGCAGCAGCAGCAGCAGCAGUCGCAUAUCUUCUGCGUCCCUGCUAACUUCCAUGCCCUCGGCAGCGGCAGCAGCCCCCCGGAGGGAAGCGCCGGCGAGCCGCGGCAUCGGAACCAUUCUGGCAGCUUCUUCGUCGCUAGCUUCUGGUGGGGGGGGGUCGUCGGCACGGUUAGUGCCCGGUUUUCCAAGUUCUGCGGGAGGGAAUGGGGCAGGAGCGGGGUCGAAGAGCUUGCCGAGGGCCGGCUCAAGCUUCAUCGCUACGCCCGGGAGCUCCCUCAAGGCUAGUGGUGCUGGUGGUGCGGAGAAGCGUUCGGGCGGUACCGGUCUCCAAAACGGCGGCGUUAGCGGCAAGGAGCUGGUGGAGGCCUGCGGGGCUGCUGGCGCCGCCGGGAAGAGGAGCAAGGGAAAGGACAAGGAAAAGCUCAAAGAGCUCACGGCUGAGGAGGUCGCCACUAUGAAGAUAGCCGACUUCUGCACCUCGUACAAGUCGCGGCUGCCCCCUAAGCCAAAGGACAAGGGAGCCAAGGAAAAGGCGGUCAAAAUGAAGGCGGCGGAUGCAGCCAGGAGGAAAAGGAAAGCCCUAUCGGAGGCCGGCGGGGCCCCUCCGCCACCCAAGCAGAGCAUGAAGGUGGUCUUCAAGGACGGGAAGUUUGUGGUCAACGACGCUGAUCUGAUCGUGGAAGGCGCCAGCGGCAUCGACGACGAGAACCGAGAAGAGGUGGACGAGGACGAAACCACAGCCGCGACGGCGAGCUCCUUCACCAACCGCGAGACCCCCAUGCGGUGGAAGCCCCACGACAUCAUCAAGUUUUACAGGGGCAUCCAGAUGUACAACCUGUCCUUCGACCAGAUGGCCAAGACGCUGUUUCGCGGCGAGCGCACCCAGAAGCAGCUCAAGAAGAAGUUCGAGAAGGAGCUUCGGAACCACCCGGAAAUGGUGCAUCGCGCCCUCAGGACCCAGAUCAACAAAGACCACCCUUACUUCUCGAAAGAUCCGCCGCCGUUGCCUACCUUCGAGCCCGAACCGAAGGAAAAGGUCCGGAAGACUAGGCAGGGCGCCAAACGAAAAGCAGCAGCGGGCAAAAGUGGAGCAGCAGCAGUGGAGCAGAAGGGCGGCGGGCCGCCGGCUGCUGGAAAGAAAACCUCCCCCUCCUCCUCCUCCUCCUCCUCCUCCUCCUUCUCCUCCUCUUCCUCCUCGACGAAACCCAAGGGCAAGGGUGGCCCCGGCAGCUCCGCUGCUGCCGGCGACGCUGCUCCCGGCGCUAGCGAUGGUGAUGGUGAUGACGAGGUAGACGGAGGUGGGGGAGAGGGAGAGCAGCCCCCGGCAAAGAAAAGAAAGAAGCGGGCCCGCGGCACGGCGGCUGCCGCCGCCGCGAGAGAACGGCGAACGGCCGCCACCGCCGCCGCCGCCGCCGCCGCCGCCGGAAGGACAGGUUCCGCCGCUGCUGAGGAGGAGGGAGGGGGGGGCGGUGGAUGUGGCGCAGAGGAGACGGGGGGGCUAACGAGGGAGAGGCGGCCGUACCGCGCGGUGCGCGACCACUCCCUCGUGGCCGCCGCCGCCGCUGUUCAUUCCGAUGACGAAGGUGGGGCGACGGUCACUGAAGACGAGCCAGAAGAGAGCGACGUGGAGGAAGGGAGCGGAAGCAGUGAGGCUGGCGGGGGCAGCGAUGAGAGGAGCGUGAAGGCCGCUCUUGCCGCUGCUACGACGACGGUCGCUCGGAGCGGCAGCGGCGGCGUCAAGCGGAUACGCGGCGACGCCAUCGCCGGCACCACCGGCGAGCGGGACGAUGACGGGCCAACUCCCCCGCGUGCCGGAAAGAGACCAAGAGGUACAAGCGCGCCGACCAACGAAGACGGCGGCGGCGGUGGGUCAACCACGAGUCGGAGCGACGGCUGCCGUGAGUCACGACGAGAGGAGGGGGAUGAGGCCGACCUCGACGCGCGUGCCAACGGCGCUGCGAGGGCGGCAGGAGAGCAGCAGCGGGAAGAGGAUGGAGUGGACGGUCCCAGGAUGUCGGUGUCGGCACGCAUGCCCGGGAGGUGGAGAUAGCCAGGGGGGGGGGGGGGGGGGGAGGGGGCAGGAUGGGGGGUGAUGAGCCAGCGGUACCGGCCGGAGGGGGGGGCUCACAGCUGUGGCCUAGACAGAUAAUGGCCACAGCGGAUAAGAAUGUCGUCCUGGACAGCAAGCAAUUCUCUCGUAUGCCCUUGUUGCAAGUAAGAGUUGGUUGUUUUUUGCCUAUAAAGCGGUUUGCACGGCGAUCGGGUGGUGUCGGAGCAUGGGACAUCGCACCCUUUUUAUGUGUGGCCGAGGUACUGCAGAGCGAGCACACACGGCGGUUGUUGGGGCGAGGGCGAGGGUAACCUGUCCGCUGUUAGCCGCAGGUGUUGGCGUCGGUAGCAACGCACGCGCUCGUCUCGGGGUGUGGAGACCGAGCAAAUACGUGCGUACCUCUGUCGUUUCGCUCCAAUCCUGAAUCUGGUCAUGGGUGGGUGUCAUUGCCAUCGCUCGCCCUUCGAGGGGGUUCGCUCUACUACGCGAUUUUGCCAAUCUACGGCACACCUUGCUUUGGUAUGUGUGUGUGGUUUUUUUUAUGUGUGUGUGGGUGGGAAUCGAGAACAGUCUGGAUUGGAUGGGUUUGGCCGCGUGUCAAAAUCAACAUGUACAGACUCUUCCAUGAUGCACACCCAUGAUGCGGGGAGGUUUCAGUUCGUGUGGAUGGACAAGGAUUGGUAGGGGGGGGCACAG